AUGGACCGUCAAGAAGCUAUAGCUUGGAGCUCAUUCCAGCAGAAGUGGGAAGCGUUCGCGGCAGAGUGGGUAGGUCUGCCAGGAGAGAAGUUGUGGGUGAACUUCUUGGCGAACAAUCAGGAAGAGGCCGAGCUACUGGGGUUUGUAGUGGACUUGGCCGAUCACUGGCCGAUGGCGCAGAGCGGGUGCUUGACAGACUGUGUCAUUUGUGACGCACCGGAGAGUGACGGAGCGUUUGCUGGCUUUGAAGCCGUAGACGGGUCAGAGCCGCUGCGGUUGUGGGAGGCGGGGCAGGCGCGGAGACAUCCCUGCCAUUGGUGCUGGGUUGAGGGUGCGGAGGAGAUCAGGGAGAGCAGGCGUGCGGAAGAAGCGGAACUGGCGGGGGAACGGCCCGGCACUCAGCUGCUGGACCUGCCAAGGGACCUGCUGGAGCUGAUUGCUGAGAAAGCAGCGGUUGGGGCCCACCGCCGUUGGGUGUCGCUGUGGCACGUCUGCAGGCGACUGAGGUGGCUGGUUCUGUUGGGAGAAGACCCGCCGGAGGAGGUGAGUACGGAGCUGGUGCGAGCGGAGAGCGAGGGGUCGGUUGGGGAGGAGAACUCAGCGGAGUCCGAGCAAGCUAGCCAAAGGGGCUGGUGGGAGGAGGAAGAGACGGAGAUGGCGUCUGGCGCUGGUCCAGAGGGGAGGCAAAGGUUUUCGGGAAAGAAAGGUGAUGGGCUGACUAUCAAGCAGUUCGAGUUGAUGACCAAGGGGAGCCUGGCGGACAAGUUCAAAAAGUUGCAGAAAGAUGUGGGGAACGCGGUUGAGGGGCCGGAGUUUAACGGGAAGUACUGCAUCUACCUGGGUGAGUUUUUGGACAACCCGGCGAAGUUGGCGCACGAGAGGGAGUACGAGGCGCAUUGUAGGACGUCGGACCCUGUGGGGGCGCUGCUGACAUCCUUGAAGCGGCACUUCGAGGACCACAAGGAGGGGAAGGCCCAGGAGUGGGUCCAGUUCAAGAGGGAGCCGGGAGAGGAGUUGCCGUCGCUGUUGUUCAGGCUGCAGGGACUCGCACUGGACUUGGAGAAGCCAGAGGGGGACCAGGAGUUGGUCACAAAGUUCGUCACUAGUCUUGACAGGCGGCUGGCAGAACAAACUAGCUCGCAGGCAUUGGCGGCAACCAAGGAGGCGGGAGGAGCGUACACGCUGGAUGAGGCGUACGAGGCCGCGUUGCGGGUGUCUGCCAUCAACGCUCGCCUGAAGAUAGCUAGGGAGUUGGCUCCCAGGGUGGCGGACGCGAGCAGGCUCAGGUGGAGUAACAAGCCGGCUGCGGCGCACGCGGCGACCGUCCCUGCGCCGGUGCAGCUGGUGGCGGCAGCUCCGGCCGCGCCGUCAGGGGGCUCCGGAGCGUGCCACAACUGCGGUGAGUUGGGACACUACCGGGGUUCGUGCCCACACCCGCGGAGGAACAGCUCCGGGGGGAGAGGCGCGGGCGCAGGCGGUGGGGGGCGCGGAGCUGGCAGGUCCAGGGCGUGUUAUGUGUGCGGCGACACAGGGCACUUGGCGGCCCAGUGUGCGAAACGGGUGGUGCCGGUUGCAGCGGCAGCGCCGCGGCCCCAGGCAACUCAGAGCGUCACCAGUGCAGAGUUCGCGGAGUUCCAGGCCUGGAAGGCGACGGCGCAGGCGGCCGCGGCGGUUGGAGCAGGCGAGGAGGAGGAUGAGGGCUCGGAUUGGGAUGAUCAGGAGUACGAGUUGGGAGCGGUGGCGCUCCCACUCGUGGGGCCUGGGGUGGUCAUGGCGGCGGCGGGCACGAAGGAAGGGGCAGUCAAAGCCAGAGCGACCAGGGCCGCCCAGAACGGGGGAAAGGGCAAAGGGGGUCAGGCACAGGGCACGGCCGCAGCGGGUGGCGGAGGGACGGGGGUUGGGACGGCGCAAAUCGCAGGCCCGGUAAACCUUGCGGCCGUGGAAGCGUUGAAGGCAAGGCGGGAUAAAGCAGCUGCGAAGGAGCGUUUGGUCAAACUUCCUGAUCAUGGCCGCCAGGUGGCGCCCCAGGGACUUAACAGAUUGCCCAAGGGCUUUGCUGUGGGGAACGAGGGUGGAGGAGCUGACGGGGUUGCAGGGGUUUCGCGUGCGUAUAGACCAGGAGCAGAAUUGCUUGUGCAACCUGUGGUGACCGCCGAGAACACGGCCGCCGCGAGCGCUGUCGGCAGAACAGGGGCGGGGGCCCAGCAGCCGGGCAUAGCUGGGGCGAACUCCGCUGUCUUCGGUGAAGUACGCCUCCCUGUUGCGCUGUUCUUGGACCUCGCGGAGAGGGCGGGUCUGGACCUGGCCACGGUGGCGGCACUGACGCGGGGUAGCGCGACGUCAGGAGUUGGGCUUCCGGUGCGCAAAGGCCCAGCAGUACGAAGCCUCUCCCCGAUCGCGCUAAGAGCCCAGAGGGCAAGGGAUGGACAAAUUGCUGCCAGCGCAGCGCAGGCGCCGGGGGCACAGGUGCGCGGCGCAGAGGUGGUCAAGGGCAGCGGGAAACACGGUGGCAGCGUGGUGGGACUGGCAGCACAGACGGUGCCAGCUGCUGGCGCCGCGCAGGCAGCUGAGGUCUUGGUCGAGGAGAAGCAGGCCAGGGAGGAAGUUGCGUUUGCGGAAGCAGUCGCGUGGGCGGACUUGCAGGAGCAGGAAGAUCAGCCGGAGAGCUCCGCGAUGGGGGCGGCGCGGGCGGAGGCUAGAAUGGCCAGGGGGCGCGAAGGGCCGCGGGGUGACGCUGAAUUGGCGCGUACCUUGGCAGCAGAAGAACGCGCGGCAGCAGAGGCGGUGGAUGCGGAGCGCACGCUUGCCGUGAGCAGAGACGCGCGCGUGGCCAGGGAGUUACUGGAGCAGGAGGCACGCGAUCAGGGGUUGGAUCAGGAGGCCGCCAUGUGCGCGCAGGGUGCGGGGGCGGCACGUGAUUGUGAGGCAACGGGGACGCGCAAAGGGAAGGCAAAAGUGGACGCCCCUCUGAUGCAGGCGAUGGCAUGGGAGAAAAAGCUCGGUGCCGGAGCUUGGAAGGGGUCGCAGCAGUUGGCAGAGGUGGUGGUGCAGCCCAAGGAGGACGUGGUGGUGGCGGCCGCCACGCGGGCGCAGGCGAUGGCAUGUUUCGCUGAGGGGAGACCGCUCGUCAGCCCGGCAGAGCGGGAGCAAGUAGAAGGGGUCCCUGACUGGGUUGACAACACCAACAAGGUGGUCAAAGUGAUGACUUCCAAGGGGUGGUGGGCCCCAGAGCGGGUGUUGUUGGACGGCGGGAGCUUCUACUCUAUGGCGGGGGCACGGCUCAAGGCGCGGUUGGGGUUGACAGAGGCAGACAUGGAUGUCGGCGGACACCGCGUACAGACCGCGAUGGGGAAGGUGGAGGUGCUCUCGGGGGGCCUCACCAAACAACCUGUCCCAAUAGUGUUGAACCCAGGAACCCAGGAGGAGUUGUGCGUGCUUGAAAAGCUCGCGUUCACGGAGUCAACGGGGUACGAUCUCCUGAUCGGGACCAGGGCUGCUUACCCGUCAGGCCUGUCGGUUGACAGAUGGACAGAGCAGGGGGUGUACCGGGUUAACUGGCAGACCGAGGGGAACAAGGACGGGCUGGGCCGCCUGCCAGCGUGGUUGGGAGAGCGCACGCAAGAGGAAAGGUUAGCGGCCCGGCCAGGGGAGGGGGCGCCAGCACGAAGGGUGCUGCCGCAGGAGGAACGCGUUGGGAGGCGGCUCGCGCGGAGGUGGCCAAGGGGGCCACGAUUGGAUGUCGCGGCUGAGGCCGCAAAAGCUGUGAGGGCAGCGGUUGGCGUGCCUCGGCGCAAGGUGAGGGGGCCACAAAGGGUCACCCUUCCCCAGCUGAACGGCUGCCAGCCCCUAGAUCAAACUCUAGUGCCAGCACUGCCGUCGGACAGGCCUCUCAGGGUGUUGGAAUUCUUUGCCGGGGUCGGGUCUGCCACGCAGGCGCUGGCGCGGCUGGGAUACGAGCUAGGGGAAGUUGUUGCGUGCGAGGCGCGGGGGGCUGCCAGGGUGGUGCACGCCCACUCCCUGACGGAGCUAGCCAGGGAGUUCCCGGGGACAGUGUCCAGCAGAGCGGGGGCUCAGCUUCACCACCGGUUUCCCCAGGACAUCCGGUUGGUGACAAGGCAAGCGCUCCAGGAGUUGGGGCCAAUAUAUAUAUAG